GAUCUCACCUGGUUUAUUAUUUUCUUCCUUGUGCAGAUUCACCCUUUCGUCCUCGAGUUUCCAUGAAACCCUCUUACUCGCGGUUCUUUCAUAAAACGUUCUUGCGAUCUGAUCUGGCCCGAGUAGGCGUUGCAACCUCACCAGGCAGUAUUGCUGUACCCAAAGAACGAGAAUGGCAACGUAUUGGUUUCAUCAAUUUACCCCUUGAGCCGCCUUUCCAGAUCAAAUCGAUGAAAGACGUCCUUUUUGUCUUCUUCAACCAUGAAGCUUUCCGUCUGCUGUUUUGCAUCAUCUGGCUCAUCCUAUGCGGUAUGAUUGAGUGUUUUAUGGCUCAACUUUCCGACAUUCGAUAUAGCUACGUAUAUCCAGGCAAGACACCAGCCUUGCAAGACCUUUUAUUUGAUGCCCUUCCAUAUGUAUCGAAUGUCCAACUAGUCAACUAUUUGUUAGAAACCACCAUAAUAUGCACCGUCAUAGGUCUGGCCCUUCAAUCCCCGGACUGGACUACGCGAUGGACAAUAUUACGUCGAUGGUGUUUCAUUAUGGGAUGGCUUUACUUAUUUAGGAGCAUUACCAUAGUAGUUACCACCUUGCCCUCACCCCUUCGAGAUGGAUGCAUUCCUCCUACCCUGUCGAUUUCAGGUUCAGUGGGUCAGCGAUUUGGAGCCUUCUUUGAGACAGUGGCUGGUAAUGACCAAUCAUGUGGAGACAAUAUAUUCUCUGGUCACACGUGUGUGAUGGCUUCGUGUGCUCUUGCCUGGCGUAUUCAUGCCAGAGCCAACAGGAUCUUGGGUUGGCUGCUCUAUCUGAUCGCCGCGGCAGGCAUUUUAAUGAUUAUAUUCACUCAUUACCAUUAUACCAUUGACGUCUUAUUGGCUUUGUUCAUUGUCUAUGUGUCGUGGUACAUUUAUAUGAGAUGUAUCAGAGAUGCUACAAUGCACUACGUGUUGGGCCAUGAACUUCACACAGAAAUGAGUGUGUUUGAUACAAAUGGUGGAAUGACCGCCAAAGAGAAAUACCAGUUUUUGGUAUGUCAGCCUCACCCGCUUGGAUCGCGUAUCUUGAUGUGGAUAUGCAUGUAUGCCGAUGGCCUCGACAUUCGACUUCGCAGUCUGGGUACCUUCGAUAGUCGAGGAAAAUGGAGACGACCGCAAUCAGAAACACAGCAAACUAUGAUAGAGUGUUAAAAAAAAUUGUACUUCGAUUAAUUGUAUUUUGACUAAUUGUUCUCGAGUUAUUUCCCCUUGUAAAUUUGUUAGUGCUUCCGCUGUUCCUCA